AUGCCUUCAAAUUGCAGUGCUGUUAACUGUUUAUCAAAGAGAAGUGACAAAUCAAUUUCAUUUCAUACGUUUCCUAGUGACGCUUUGCGACUGGUUAUAUGGCUUAAAUAUUGUGUGCCUGGAUUCAAACCUUCAAAGCAUUCUGUGUUAUGCUCACUUCAUUUUGAUCAGUCUUUGAUGACAUGGACACCUCGACGUAAAUCAAAUAGAUUAGCUAACAGUAAACUCAAUCCGAUUGAUCUCGACGCACAUCCCGAAGCUGAACCUCAAGAAGAUUUGGAUAUCGUCAAUUUAAAUACACCUGUUAAGGUCUCAGUAUCUCACAGUGAAUCGGACGCCAGCUGCUCUGCUAUCAACAACAGUGUUCAACAUAAUAUUUCUCCCGUGGUUUCUUUACCCUCUGUUCGAAGAAGACUCAUCGUAGAUUCUGCUAGUCCGUUAAAAAGAGCAAGGUUAGAUAAAACCUGUGAAACAUCAAGUACGCGGUGUUCAAGUCUAACUGACAACAAUCUCGAAUUCAAUUCUACUGUGGAUGACUUACAGAAGAAAACCAACGUUUAA